AUACCAUCUCCUAUUAUGUUUGGAAAUGUUAUUGAUUCAACAUGCAUUUUAUGGAAAGCUCAUUGUGGGCGACCUGGGGGUUUUUGCCUCAUGUACAACAUAGAACAUUUCAGACUAAAGUACAUUGGUGUCUGUUCAGGGCUGAAAGUGGCAUCUGGGUUGUUGUUUUUCUUGGAUUGGAUGUUGAUAUCAUGGAAGCACAAAAAAGACAUUGAACAGCCUCCAACAUUAACUGUUGGAGAGAUAGUGUCUUCCAUCAUAUCAUUAGAUCGACUUUCAACUCUUGGGUGGGGAGACUUACCUAUGGAUGGCAAUAAAGAUGUUCCUGAAGACACCCAACCAUUGGAAAUGGAUGAAGAAAGUUAUACAAAUAUCCCUAGGACAGUUAAGAGGCAUAUUAAAAGGGAUAGUUCUACUAGUGAUAUAUUAAGCCCUAAUUAACUUAUAUGUUAUUGUGCAAUGAAAGGGAUAUGGUAAUGCUGAAAGUUUGAGGAGGUAUGAAACAAUAUACUUUGUAACGGGUACUUAACAAAAAUUGAUUGACUAAUAUUGAGAGACUUAGCUUUAACUUUCAAUAGGAAAGAAAAUAAGUAAGCUUGAAUUCACCUAUGAUGCCCUGAACAAACAAACAAAAAAAAAAAAAAAAUCUGUCCUUCGUUACCAUUUCUUCAAAUAGAAUAUUGUGAUAGUGUGUUUAAAAGAUUUACUUCUAAAAAUGAAGUAGUGUUUCUUUACUUAUAAGAAGUUGAAGUUUAUUAAAUAAGAUUACCAUUUAUAUUUUUUUUAAUUAACAGUGCCUAUUAAAAAAAGCUAAUAAUUAUGUGCACUUAUAGGUAUUAAAUAAAGGUGAGCCUUUAAUUUAAGAUUUUUGCACUAAAGUUAAAUAUGAAAAUUCCUUGUGAUCAUUUUCUGGUAGAAAUUUAAAUGAAUUACCUUAAAUUACUAGUUUUGUAACUUCUCUUGCUAAGGCAGAAUAUUUUAGUGAAUGUAGGAUUGAAUAGUUGCCUGUCAAACUAAAAAUUUCUUGAAAUUUAAAAUGUAUUUUUAAUAAACCAGUUUUGAAGUAGAAUUCGAAACCUGAGGCCAAUUUUAACAUAUAUAUUUCGGGGAAAUCUAUCAAGAGUUAAGAUUGUGAUUGAAUAUAAUGGAAACAAAAUGUAUUUCAAAUCAAUUGAUUUAAUUUUGGAGUAAAUAAAUAUAAUUUCUAUUGACACAAAACUUAAAACUUUUUUAAGUCACAUAUAUUAAGUAUCAUACAAAAUAUGCAAAUGUUUAUUAUGUAUGCAAUUUCGCCCCCAUGUGUUUUUGUUUAGUUUUUGUAAGUCAUCUAAGACUUAACGAAAAAUAACUUGACAUUUCCUGAGAGAUGCUCUGAUACCAUUGGUUACUUGUUCAAAAUAAAGUAAUUGAUAAUUUGAUUGAAUCAAGUGUGUAUGAAAAUUAAUGUUUUGCUGUUUAACUUGUUUUAAUCUCUUAUUAAAGUAUUGGAAAAGUAACUGUGUGCAUCUAUUUUAAUUUCCUGGGGUAUAAUUUCUUUUUCUUUUCCAAUCAUUAGAUCCACAAUCGGAGAAAAUUUCAAUAUUUUUGUAUGCAUUAUAUCGCAUAUACUUGCUAAUGUGCUUAGAACCUAAAAUUUUUAAGUCAUGUGUUUUAAUCAUUUGAAAUCUAAUUUUUUGGAAAGACCAAAAGAAUAUUAAUGUGAAAUGUUUAUUUAAAUUAUAAAGUUUGUAUUUAAAUGCAUUAUUAAAAGGAAACUUAACAGGAAAGGAAAUGGGAAAAACAUUUUUCCAGCAUGUGAGUAAAUAAAGAACUGAAAAUUACGCACACAGAUAAGAAACAAAUCAUUCUUUUCCAUCUGUUACAUAAACAGAUAUUAUGUAGCAUGCAAACUGGUUCUUAGAUUAUUUUGGAUGAAGCUAUAUCUCAUCCUUACCCCAAAAGAAAUGAAACAUAGUAAAUCUGUUCCGUGUUUUUGCCCAAAUCUCUGAAACUGGAAAAUAAGCAUUUCUCAGUUCCUUGUUAUGAAAAUUGGCCUCUGGAUUGUGAAACUGAUGCAAAUUUAAUAUUACAUUUUCAUAUUUUCAGUCAUUUUCAUAUCCCUUUAGGAAAUGUGGCCAAUUAGAAGUGAUGUGUCAUGCAUAAUCAUGCUUGAUGUUUUCACUUGCAUUCUGUGCUUGUAAAAUAUGUUUGUGCCUCAUGAAAACUUUUAAUUUAUUUUUAACAUAAAUACUCCAUCCAUGAAAAUUCUUUUAUAUUUAAUUUCCACCAAAUGUAACAACUGUCUUUAGGUAAUUUUAUUUUCUUCACAGAAAUAUUUCAUAUAAUUGCAAGUAUUGUGUAUCCAUUUUAAUAUGUAAAUAAUUUUCUGUAUAGGAUUUGUGUUGAUUUUUAGUAAUAUUAUUUAUAGCUGCAGCAGUAUGAUUUAUGAAGGUGUAAUUGUAAAACACUCAGUUUUUUUUUUUUUUUUUUUUUUUUUUUUUUUUACACAUUUCUGAUAUUCAGUCUGAUAUUUUCUAAAAAGUCAAAUCUAGUAAAAAAAAAAACAAGAAAUUUAAUUUUUUUGAAUCUAUAAAAUUCAUGUAUAACGUAUAAAACUAUAUACAAUAGAUAUAACUAUGUAUCAAACUUAUUCAGGUCUACAUUUAUCUUUUAAUAUUAAGCUCAGUUUUGAGUAUUUUUUUAGUUUCUAAACAUGUUUUCAAAAAUUUAAGACUUUCAUGUAAUUAUUUCUGUGUUCUGAUUUUUUAAUAAUAAAUUAAUUGUGAGUUUUUAUUUAAAUUUUAUAUUCUGUACAGAUUUAUGUUUUUGAUUGUGUAAUAUAACAGUAUUUUGCUUUAGUUGGUCAAGUUAUGUAACAUUAUUAUGCAGAUACUCUUGUAUUUUCAAUGCGUUAUUGAAUGCAUAGUAUUAAUAUAAAGAAAUAAGUAUAUUUGACGUCCAUUUUAUUUGUGUUGAUCAUAUUGUUUAAUAGUGUAAAAAAUACAGCAUCUGAUGUUUUCUAAAAACCAUUUAUUGUGUUAUUGAAAAAAUUUUUCAAAAAAAAAAUAUUUUCCUUUAUUUGAAUAAAUUAAAUUUUAAAAUCAAACCAUGAGAAAUAUGUGAUAAUAAUAAGUAGAAAAAUUUUACUGUAUGCUACUUAAUUUAUAUAUUGGUGUCAUUAAUUUCCUUAAAAUAAGGGACCAAAUUUAUGAAUAAUUGAUGCAUAUUAAUCAUGAUAUAUUAAUGAAAGUGCAAUCUACUGAAUUGUAAUCAUCAGAUAUUACUAAUAUAUUUUUAUUUAUUUCAACUUUCUUGGUUUCUAUAAUCUAAUGGGUGAAUGUGCUAAGAAAAAGUUAAGUAUUCACAUUAUUUACACAGUUUUGUUUGUUGGUUUAACCCAGUUGGGGUUAUGAAAUUAAGUAGUUCUUUUAACCCAAAUACAUGUGAUAUCUGUUAGCCAUAAAUUUGUAAUAUGAGCUAUGUGCGUUUGCACCCAUUGUGGUGCAUAACUGAAAUACAAUCUGAGCUCAUUGAUGACCAUCAGAAGGUUAAUGUCAGGUUUACUGGUUGGUUACUGCAGCCAUUUAUUAAAAUUAUUGUUCCAGCAUAUUAGUUGUGCCAUAAUUUCAUUAUGCAUGAACUUUGUGACAAAUUUUUCAGGAAGAAUAGAAUGUAUCAUUUAAAAUAAAUGAAAAAAUUAAAUUUUCAUUGAUGUAAUUAACAUAAAUGAAUUACAAUUGCAUAUAAAUGUGAAAAUUUUGUUGUAGUUGAUUAAUAAAAGUUUCAAAUCAGUAGUGAUUGAAUGAGAUUCACGUAUUUAUUGUGCUAAAAGCUGAUGACCUUAUAAAAUGCGUUUUUUAAAAAUAGCAUGAACAGGUAUGCAUUCUGCAUUUUUGAAUAUUAUGUUAAUUCUUUUAUAUUUCUUGUAUAAUUUUCAUAGUAGUUACAUUUUUAAAAUUAAAAUUUGUAUAUUUUCAGUAUUUAAUCACUUUGAGUAGCUUAACAUACGCUAGUUUUUUUCUAAAAUUGUCUUUAAAAAGACAUGCCCUGUGACUGAAUCGCUAUGAAUUUAUCUCCCUCCUUUUUAUAAGGUUUAUCUCUGUCAUUUGUUUUAAUAGCAUGUUCUGAGCCUAAAUUUCUUCAGAUGAUUUAUUCAUUCCCUUCACUUGAUCUUUCAUGUCUGUUGCAGAACAUAUUUUAAAUGUCUAUAAAAUGUACACCAGUUAUUGUUUGUGAGAAUUGUAAAACUACUGGUGGAUCAAGAAACACAGAAUAUGCUUGUUAGCUUUGCUGCAUAUGUCUUUAUGACUGCCAUUUUAUAUAUGAAUUUAAAACUGAAUAUUUAAAAAUUUUAGUAAUGCAUUUUAAAAACUUUAAAAGUGUUUUUUGCAGUAAUUGAAGUGUUAUGAUUGUCUGUUUGAACAGUAAAAAAAAUAUUUUGCUGUUUUUAAUUUUCUCUGCUGCUGACUACAUUUUGAAAGAAACUGUUUGCCAUAGACUACAGGUAGCUUGUAUCUUUGCAAAAUAAGAGAAAAUAUGCCUUAUACUUAUCUGUGUUAUUAAGUGAAUUUUUAUUCAGAAUUGUUUCAUGAAGGGAUUUUUAGUAUACAAAUUUACAGUUAGCCCUCAGUUUAUGCCUAUUUAGUUUGCACCGAUUUACAGGAAUGCCAAUUUUAAAGCAAGCUUGUCAGAAGAGAGUAGAAAUAAAUUUAACAUCAUUUAUAAUGUUUAUAUUUUUCUUUGUAGUAUUUCUUCUCUAAUCUAAUUUCUAACAAAAUCUAACUUUGUUUCUGAAUGAAAAUGAUUAAUGCUUUCCUCUCUACAGUUACAUUAAUUUUAUUAAAGGGAAAAUAACUUAAUUUGUGUGAAAGAACUGUUUGAUUUUUCAUGGCAAGCAGUAUACUAAAUAGAGCAUUAUCAUCUUUGAAGCUUAUUGUAAAACUUUGACAGGAAGUAGAAUUCAAAACUGCAGUGCAUCCAUACUCAUGAAAAGCAAUAAUUAUCCUGAACUAGAGACUCUUAUAUAAUUGUUGUUAUUUUUUGUACCAUUGUUGAGAUAUCAAAAUGUUUUCAAAUGCCUUUUAUUACCAUUUUAGAUCAUUGUAUGUAAGCAUUAUAUUUGUCAUUAAUAUUUGGGUUCUGGGAGCUUAAGAUAAAAUUAUUUCUAUUAUAAAUUUAAAAUCGUUUCAAUUUAUGUUAAUAAUUUUAGAAAUAUAUACCUAGCAGAAACUGAGGGCUACUUGGGAUUACUAGGGUGACUGACUGUGAGAAUGAAUGUAAGCUAUUGAAUUAUGUUUGAAUUAUUCUGUAAUAAAGCAUUUUUAUGGCCCUCAUUUGUAAAAAUAUUGGUGAGUUAUUAAAUGUUUAAUGUAGUGGAUAUUUAAUGACUGUAAUUUUCAAUACUGAAUCAUACCUCUUCAUUUUACUUAAUAUUAUAUUGUUAAAACAUUUUAUUAAGCUUAGUAUCUAGCCUAAACUGAUAAAAUGUGGAAUUUAUUUUAUACAUCUUCAGUGUUGUGUUUUUAUCAAAUUACAUUAUUUUUCAUUUCUUUACGCAGCUGGUUAUAGUAAUUAGAAAAUGAGCAGUUUUUUAAUCACUAUAUAUUUUUUAUUGGUAACUAUGAAACAUCUGAAUUAAAUGCAUGAAACAUUUUUCUCAUCAGAUGAAUAAUUGCAUGGAAUUUAAAUCUCUUGAUAUCUUGAUAAAAUGUAUCCUAAUCUUUUAUUGCAUGCUGGAUGAUUAAUCUACAUAAGUCAGCUACUAUGCCAUAGGAGGUAGCAACUAAGAUAGUAUAAAUAAUAUCCUCAUAUUCUAAAUACGAGUUUUAUGGUUUAAGUAUUAGCCAAUUAUAUAGUCGUCUGGAAAGAAAAAAAAAAAAAAAAA